AUGAGCACCUCCGCUUCGCCCACAAAAAGCGCGAAACCUCCGAGUUCGUCACCAGAUUCUGCGAGCCUGCUCCAUCGCCUGGCGGGUCCAUCCACUGAGAAAGCUGGGCUUGCCAAGGAUCAGUCUGAGAUCAACCGUAUUAUUGCGGAGGUGUCCAAGGGGUCCAAAUUCUACGAGAACGAGAAACGAAAGGACAAGGAACUCACGGAGAAGAUCGAGAAGAUCCUAAAGGAGCGAGAUGAACUGCUUAAGCAAGCUGACAUACCGUCGAUUGAACGAGGAGUCGAUCGUCUAAUCAACGAACUCGAAGCAGAACGGGACCUAUCUCAAGUCAUAGUCCACGUCGACAUGGACGCAUUUUUUGCCAAUGUUGAAAUGCUGGAUAAUCCCGCUCUGGCUGGAAAACCUUUUGGGGUCGGGCAUGGAGUGUUGACGACUGCGUCCUACGAGGCUCGGAAAUUUGGCGUAAGGUCUGGCAUGGCAGGAUUCGUCGCUAAGAAACUGUGCCCUGAGCUCAUCUUGGUUCCAAUUCACCACGAACGAUAUUCUGAGAUCUCGCAACGAAUCAUGACUGUAUUCAGGGACUAUGAUCCUAACAUGUUGGCAGCCAGUUGUGACGAAGGCUAUCUCAAUAUAACAUCGUAUUGCGCAGAGCAUGACCUUGAUCCGGACGAAUGCGUACAGCAAAUGCGCAAGCGUGUACAUGAAGAGAUUAAGCUCACUGUCAGCGCCGGCAUCGCUCCCAAUAAGAUGUUGGCUAAGAACAAGCCCAAUGGUCAAUACCACUUGCCGUUUGAGCGAACGGAAAUCAGGGACUUCAUGCGCGACUUGCCGAUUCGCAAGAUCCCUGGGAUUGGCCGAGUUAGCGAACGCCUACUGGAUUCGAUAGGGGUCAAAACCUGUGGCGACAUAUAUCCUCACCGCGCGACUCUUUCGCUGCUUGACAAACAUUUCUCUUUGCAUUGGCUUCUGCAGACGUAUCUCGGGAUAGCCUCGAACGUUGUACAACCUGGCUCCAGGGAAGAACGGAAAAGCAUCGGAGCCGAAAGAACGUUCAAUCCAAUCUCGAACAGGGAGAAGUUGUUGCAGAAGCUCGAUGAGGUAGCGCAUGAGUUGGAGGAAGACAUGACCCGAGGCGGAUGGGUUGGCAAGACGAUCACAUUGAAGUACAAGCUCUCGUCAUAUCAGGUUUUCACCCGGGCCAAGUCUUUUGAUCGGUGGAUAUCAAAGAAGGACGACCUCUUUUCCGCGAGGAAGGAGCUGUUGCUCAAUGACUGGCCAUUAGAACUGCGCUUGAUUGGCCUCAGAGUGACUAAACUCAAGGAUCUCAGAGCAGAGGAGCAGGGCGACGCAGGGAUAAAACGAUUUCUGAAACCAGCAAGUAGCGGGCCCGCGUCGCCACGCAAACGGCGGAAGGUGUCCGACACACGGCGCGAUCGCGAGGGCAGCGUUAUAUCAGAAAGCGAGAGCCCUCACACGAGCGAACCCGACGAUGGACAACGGAAUCAUGGAGAAACCGAUGAGCAUCCAGCAGCGGAACCACCGGGGCUGACAUGUCCGAUAUGCAGCAAGAUCUUGCAAACGGACAACGACGGUCUCAAUACGCAUAUCGACUGGUGCUUGAGCAGAGGUGCGAUCCUGGAGGCGGCGACGACGGAAGGACCUCAGAGCAUUCCAACCAAACGUGUCGAGCACACGAAGCCAACGAAAUCUUCCAGCGGGCUGGCAGACCGUGGCGGGACCGAUGAGAUGAACGACGAUGCAAAGGCGAGAUGGGAACGGCUAUUCUCGAAUACGAGCAAACGAAUACGUAAGUCCGGACGAUAA